AUGUGUGCGGAGUACUGCUCCUCAGACACUGACUGUGAGGGCCACAUGAAGUGCUGCUACAACGGCUGCGGACACGAGUGCAUGGAGCCCUACAAGGCAGUGAGCAACAUGGAGCUGUCUGUGCUCUGCCUCCUGACGCUGGCCCUCGCCUUUGUCCCUCAACUCUCAGCGACAUCAGUGCCUAUACCCCGACCUGGUUGUCCCCCAUAUACAUUUUCAUCACCGCUUGAACUGAGGUUUUGCUUUAACGAGUGCACCACAGACCGUAACUGCAGGGACAACAAGAUCUGCUGUUUCGACGGCUGCUCCCAUCUCUGUGUGCCAAGAAGACGCUGCAAAAGAUGCCCGGAUUGCACAGAUGACAGUCAAUGUGGCGGGGACCUCAAAUGUUGCUCCAACCCCUGUGGUCCAGGGAAAACCUGUCUGAAGCCAGAAAUCCAACAAGGAAACUGCCCAAAACCUAAUCCUCAACCAGGCUGCUGCAGUCCAAAUGAGUGCAGUCACGUCAGACCCUGUCCCCCCGGCUACCAGUGCUGCGACACAGGCUGUGGGCUGAAGUGUUUUCCCGUGUUCGUGCCUUACUAA